CCGUUGUUCUUUUUACAUGAAAAAAUAUUUAGAGAGGUAUAAAAUCUUCCAUUCAUGUAGCUUCUGAAAUUAGUAAAUACAUUCUCUCUGAUGGUUGUUAUGAUUAUAAUGAUUUGGGUUAUUUCUGUGAAAAUUGGGUAUUUUUAGACAUCCUGAGGUAGAUAACAUGAAAAAUUCCUAUUAUUGGUCUUUAGCUAUACGUAUUCAGUAUAAUGUUACUUAAAAAUAUAGUUUUCAUUUUCACAUGUAACCCCCCCGUGGAAAUCUAUCGAAAGACAAAAAAUAAGGGCAAAUCAGCACCUCAAUGAAAACUCCAGUGAAGAUGGAAGCUCACUGCGAUCUACAUGGAGAGAAACUUCUGAUCUUCUGUGAGGAUGACCAAGAGUCCGUCUGUGUCGUGUGUCAGACAUCAAAAAGUCACAGAAACCAUCAUUUCCGUCCCGUGGAAGAGGCAGCGCAGGAUAUGAAGGAGGAACUGAGAACAGCACUGAACCUAUUAAAUGAAAAGCUGGAGAAGAUAAUUACAUUUAAACAGCAAUAUGAGAAAACAGGCAAACACUUAAAGAGUCAGUUUCAGCACAUUGAGAGGAGGAUAAAGGAGGAAUUUGAGGAACUCCAUCAGUUCCUGAGAGAGGAAGAGGAGGCCAGACUGGCUAUACUGAGAGUGGAAGAGAUGGAGAAGAGCGAGAGGAUGAAGGAGAAGAUAGAGAACAUCUCCAAACAGGUCUCCACCCUGUCAGAGAAGAUCAGAGAUACUGAGACAACUAUGGAAUCUGGAGACAUCUUCUUCUUAAAGUGCUACGAGGAUCUGAAAGCCAGAGCCCAGUGCUCACUGCAGGACCCAGAGCUGGAGUCAGGGGCGCUGAUAGAUGUGGCCAAACACCUGGGAUCUCUGAAGUUCAGAGUCUGGGAGAAGAUGCUGGGGACAGUGCAGUACACUCCUGUGACUCUGGACCCAAACACUGCAUCCCCCUGGCUGUCAGUGUCAGAUGAUCUGACCAGCGUGAGAAACACUGCCGUGAAACAGCAGCUACCGAACAACCCGGAGCGGCUGGUCUGUUACCCCGAUCUGCAGGGAUCUGAGGGGUUUAGCUCAGGACAACACAGCUGGGAGGUGGAGGUGGGGGACAAACCUGAGUGGGCUGUAGGGGUCGAAAAAGAGUCUGUUAACAGGAAGGGGGGCGUAAAGUACAGCCCAGAGGAUGGAUUCUGGGUUCUGUAUCUAAGGAACGGUAACAAGUAUGAAGCAUGUACCUCACCACCAACCCACCUGCAAUUGGAGAGGAAUCCACAGAGGAUCAGGGUGCAGCUGGACUAUGACAGGGGGCAGGUGUCCUUCUUCAACCCCACUGACAUGUCACUCAUCCACACCUUUAAAGGAACAUUCACUGGGAGACUGUUUCCAUAUUUCUAUCUUGGUCCAAAUGUUGAUGGCAGUAACCCUGGAGCACUGCAGAUCUGCCCAGUAAAGGUGUCUGUGACAGUGACGUCAUCCCAGUAAAGGUGUUUGUGACGGUGACAUCAUCCCAGUAAAGGUGUCUG